CAAUUCUAUUGGCCGAAUGAGGAAUUCGGGGUACAUCUAAGCUAAUGAACGUCCUCGUUUAAUACCGUGCGUAAUCAAAUUGGGACGAACAAAAACAUGGCCGCCUCCAUUGUCGCAUUCGUCGGUCUGAUUACGGGUGUUUUUGCGGCAACUUUUGAUCCGUAUUUCCCCCGCGAUUUGACUGUUGCUGAACCGAACUUAGAGGGACAUCAUGCUACCACAGGGGAAGAUCUUGUGUUUAUUAUUCGUAGCCAGCAGGCAAGUCCUCACGAUCAGUGGGCUAAACAAGUCAAGGCAGACAUAGAACAGCAGUAUCGUAUCUUGAAUUUGGGCAACCCACAAGUUUUUUUACUGCAUCAACAGUAUGAGUUCAGCGGCGUGUGGACAAUUCUGCCUGUAUUACCUAAAUUGAAUGAGGAUUUUGGCCAGGCCAAAUGGUUAUUCUUCUGUGAGGAACAGACACGAGUCAGCGUCCACGGUCUGCUGCAAGUUCUUACCAAGUAUAAUCCACAGCAGGAGUGGUUUUUAGGCCGUGCUUUACAAGACCGAGCAGCCUCUGUCAUCCAUCACUACCGUUUCCAUGACGACCCAUCCAAGUUCUCCUACCCUGACUUUGAGGCAGGCUGGCUGAUCAGUACUGGUCUUUUGCGCGGCCUUGCCGACAGAUGGGAAACCGAGGAGCAUCGAAUGGAUUUCUCCAUUGAUGUCAAACACGAGUUGGCCUAUUACAUAUUGAAUGACGGUAAUGGCACUCGACUGACAGCCCUGCCUGCCCUAUGUGCUGGAAAUGUUGAGGAGAACCCUGCGCCCAGGUCUGACAGUGAGAUCAGAAAGGCACUGAACAAGGCAAUACGAGAUGGUCCCCAGGAGGAGGAUGGGUGUGUCUCCGCCCACCCAAAGGGGCUACCUACUUGUGCAGAGGCCGUUCUCAAGGAAGACAUUCUGUUUGCAGUGAAGACAUGCAAGAAGUUUCACAAGGACAGAGUGCCCAUCGUACAGCAAACCUGGGGCAAGCAUACCAGCCACAUCGUCUUUGUCAGCGACGUCCAAGACGACACCAUACCCACCAUUGCCUCCGGAGUGCCCAACACUGAGAGAGGACACUGUGGCAAGCUGUUUGCCAUCUUUGAGAUGUUCAACUCCAAGCCUGAAUACCUCAAGUACUCCUGGCUGGUAGUAGCUGAUGAUGAUACCAUACUCAGUGUAGCCAGAUUGCGAGCACUCUUAUCUUGCUACAAUGCCAAGAAGCUGGUAUUUCUGGGUGAGCGGUAUGGCUACGGACAUCUCAAGCUGGGCUGGGGCUAUGACUACCUCACAGGGGGUGGUGGAAUGAUCUUCAGUCGCGCUGGUAUACAGCAACUUCUAGCCACCGGCUGCAAGUGCAACAAAGAUGAAGACCCUGACGACAUGAUAUUUGGGAUGUGCACCAAGCGACACGACAUGCCUAUCACCCAUUCACCACUCUUUCACCAGGCCCGCCCCUCGGACUACGCAGUAGGCUACCUCCAGCACCAGACCCCUGUCUCCUUCCACAAGCACCUGAAUGCAGACCCGCUGGCAGUCUACAGGGAUUGGUUCAAACAUGCUGAUGAGGUGGACUCCAGAACACAUGGGGCACAGGGAGAGAGGGAGGAGUUAUGAUGGUCAGUGCCCUUGGUCCUUAUCAUAUUGAGAUGAUUGCAAUUAAAGUUUGGUUACUAGGAUAGCAUUAUAACUAGACCCAUUUUUAAAGAAGAAUCUGAAAUUUGGACACGGAGUAAUUCUCUAGCUUAAAUUCAAUCCCAAUUCAUUUAUUUUGUUAGCAAAAGUAAAAAUGUGCUAAUUUAGGUAGCCCUCAUGCAUCUGCAAUGAAUUUUCCAAUUUCCUCAAUUCCGGUGAUUCACAAUGUAGUGCGCCACCAAGAGUUUGCCUCGGAGAGUCCAUUUUUCAAGUUAAUGGUCGACAAAACAUGGCCCAUUUGAAUGAGUGUCACUAGACAACUUGAGCUAAUUUGAAACAGAUUGGGCAAAGCGUUCUGCCGCCUUACAGAAAAAAACACCAUAUUGAUAAAAAGAAUUUCAAAUAUCCCACGCUGCAUUGUGAAUCGCCCGAAUUGUUGCUGUGUAGUCCCAUCAACUAUUCAAACAUUUUAUUUGUAUGCCGAUAACUAGCUCUUCAGUAUAAUAUGUGUGUGCUAAAUGGCUGCCAUUAAGAAUGUUGUCUUUUUAAAGUAAUUGUGAAUAUCAAAACAAAUCUUGCCAAGUAACCACGUUUGCAAUCCAAGUCAUUUUAUUUUCCUUCAAAGUAAUAGCUUUGUAGCGCACAUAAGAAUAUACCAAUUCACUUUUGUCAAUCUUAGUUAGUAAAGGUUUUCCUUAGGGCCCAUCUCGUUCAUAUCCAGGAAGAGUUCCAGACAAGUUGC